AUGACAGAUAAUAUUAUGAUGCAGGAGAAUCUGUGUGAUGAAGAAUCUACACAGUCUAUUAUCAUAGAAGUCUCUAAGUCGUAUCAUGGAGGACAAGCUUUAGGACUUUCAACAUCUAACUCAGCUUCUAUUAUAUCUCAGUUAUCUCUAGGAAUUACACUUCCCCCAAAGAGAGCAGGAAAAACCAAGAGGAAAGUCACUGCAUCCAACCUUGGCUUGGAAACGCCAGAACUUAUCCGAUUAGUCAACAGCAUUCCGUCGUGCACUAUACCGGAGAUCUUAAAGGCAGCCUACAAGAAAAAGGGAACUUGGGGAUUAAUAAACAACACUUAUGACGUGCAGAAAUACUCAGUAUUAGAGGAAACUUAA